CUGUAAUGAACAUAAAACUGUAAUGGACGUCAGACGUGUCGGCCAUGAGCCUGACGAAGGUCGUCACGUUUUACAAGCACGGGAGACUUUUGUUUUUUUGAAGUGUUGUAAGCGUUUGAAACAAACGUUUGUCGCGGAAGGAUGCGGGCACGCGCAGACGUCGGUGCUGUGAUCGUAGUUUCAGUCGUGCGUUUAGUAUUUAUGUUGUUGUUUACAGUAAAAAAGUGGUUGGUUUUGCGGGUUAAAACAUUUUAAUACUAUUAUAUUGGGGGUGUUUUUUAAUUAAACAAUGGCCGUUACUGUCAGCCUAAAGGAUGUCCACUGAUGUCAAGGAGACAGACCAGACGGACACAAUGUUGCUGUCUUCAGAAGAGGACUCUGCUCCUGUUUUAAGGAAUAGUUCUGCCCCUCUCGAUUUUCUCACGCCUUCUGAUUUGGACAUUUCCUUGCAAAGUUUUACCCCAAACAAAGAAAAGUCCGGUCUUACUCGGAUAAAGAUCAAAAGAAGGUCAAGCGUCAGCUCGCUGGAGUCCUGCGACAUUCCACAACAGAAAAUGAAGACUCUAUUAAGCUGUCAAAGUCCAGAGGGUUUGAUGGAUGUGGAGGAGAGUAAGGGCUGUGAGCCGAUGCCAAGGCAAGACGAUAACAAUGGAAGACGUAUCGCCGCAAUAGAUUAUUUGUCUGACAAGAGCAGCCAGGAAGGAGGGAAAGAGAACCACCCUCCAGUGAUGUCACCUGCACCCAGCAAGAGGCGGCGUGUGGGGCCCCUCAAAGGCUGUCAAGUGAAGAUUAGAGACCAACAGGCCCCAUUUCUCCACUUAAACUGGAGCGACAAGGAGGAUAAGGAAGAAACGACAGAGUGCAGUGACACUAUCACCACUCCGCCAUCAAGCGAUAUUGAAGCAGAAGAAGAGGCCCAACCUGCGCAUCUUCCUGCACUUCUCCAUGGUGACAGUGAGCGAGCCAUGUUGGAGCAGCAAGACUUUUCAUCAACAAAUAACCAGCAGGACGACGUGGGUGGACCUCAUAGACCAGUCCAAGCACGGUCCGGUUUCCUUCCAUCAGCUUUACAAGAUGAGUCUUCCUCAGCUUUCCAAAUCUCGUCUCUCCAGUCUCUCCUAGAGAUAAAGGUAGCAGAAGAAGAUUCCUGUGGAACCCUUGCUGCACAUAACAAAAGAAAGCGAGUGCAUUUCGGAGGUCCUCUUUCUCCUGAGUUGUAUGAUAAGCACCUACCUCCCAGCACCCCAUUGCAGAAGGGGGAGACACCAGCCCAAAGCCCCACACCGGGUGGAGUUUUAAAGCUGCGCUCUGCGUUAAGGAAACCUCAGAGGAAUGAGCCUCACGCCCCACAAGACCAGCUAGACUUCAGCGGCUCCUUGGGGUUUGGCGCCUCCUCCGUUCUUGCAAUGCCUCGCAAAUGCAGAAUUCCCUCUCUGGCAGCAGACCGAGUGGAGGACAAAGGAAAGAGUGGGUUUUAUUUUUGGGAUGUUUGUGUAAGAUCCGGAGCAGCAAAGCAAGAGGAAAAUGGAAGACUCAAUACUUCCUUUUUAACUACCGUGUAUCGUGUGCUGAAGAAAAUAUGGAACAUCUAAGUGAUACUUUGGCCAAAACAACCCUGUCAUCACUACUUAUGAUCUUAAUUUUGCAUAAUGCACAAUAAAUGGACGGUAAAUUUUAGGUUAUCUCUAAAUGGAUAUUUCUGAUUGAUCAUUUUUGAAUAAACAAUUACAUAUGUACUAGAGUAGAUAUCUCUAGUCAGUAGGAACAUCGCUUGUGUGUUUCUGUCUUUGUGAAAGCUGCUCAGUGUAUCAGAAUAAGUCACGUAAAAAAAAAAAAAAUGUAACUUUUUAAAGGACAGCACAGGUAGAUGAAGUUUUGUCACUUCAUAACGUGAAAUACCCUGAGAAUCAAAGUUGCAGACUUUAUUAUAACUCUUUUUGUCAUAUAUUAUAUAGUAUAAAUAUAUUAUAUAGUAUCAACAUGUCUCUUUACAUUGUGCCUAAUUGUCCACUGGCCAAUAAAAAGUUUUGUGGCCUGACAA